AUGGUGGAAGAAGAAUCGCAGACCCGUUCCCAGAAAAUGGGCCUUAUGGGCGCCAUUUCGUAUAUUAUCGGAAAUAUCGUCGGAUCUGGCAUCUUCAUCACACCAACAUCUAUUCUGGAACAAGUCAAUUCGGUGGGCCUAUGUCUCAUCAUCUGGAUUCUCGCGGCCCUCAUCUCCAUCCUCGGCUCAUUUUGCUAUGUCGAGCUGGGGACGUCGAUUCGAAUUUCGGGCGCUGAUUUCGCAUAUAUUUGCUAUGUGAAAUGGUAUCCGCUUGCCUUCGCCUUUAUGUGCGUUGGGUGUAUCAUCACGUAUCCGGCCACUCUAGCCGUCCAGGCGAUGACAUUCUCGGAAUAUAUCUUCAAGGGAGUUCAAAUCGACCUUCCCGAAAAUGAGGAAUACUGGGCAAAGAUGCUGCUCGGAUUCGCGUUGAUUUGGCUCCUAAUGUUUAUGAAUUUCUUCUCGUUGAAGACGUUCGUCUCCCGCUUCCAAAUUGCCGCCUCAAUCGCCAAGGUUGCAGCCACCGGAAUUGUCAUUGUUACUGGAUUUAUCUAUCUUUUUAAAGGGCACACGAAAAACUUCAACGAUCCAUUCGGCGGGAGUACCUGGGAGGCAAAUGCCAUCGUCACUGCACUUUUUGCAGGCCUCUUCUCGUACGAUGGCUGGGACAUUCUGAAUUUUGGAGCCGAGGAGAUUGAGAAGCCGAAAAGAACAAUGCCACUGGCGAUUAUCAUUGGAAUGUGCUCGAUUGCCCUCAUCUAUCUGGCCGUCAAUAUUUCGUAUUUCACGAUCCUGGACGUUGCCGAUUUUUUGGACAGUCCCGCCGUGGCACAGACCUUUGCCGAGCGCACACUCGGCAAUUUCCGGUACACGAUUCCGUUUUUCGUGGCCAUUCUCCUCGUCGGUUCCCUUAACAGCACCAUGUUUUCCGCUUCUCGAUAUUUACAAGCGGCUUCUCGACAGGGGCAUCUACCUUCCUUCAUUUCUGGGAUUAAUCCGGAAAGUGACAGUCCGAGGACGGCGCUUUUUAUUCAUGUGCUCCUCGCCAUGGCCAUCUCCUUCACAGGCAAUGUCGACAAUCUGAUCAACUAUGUGGCUCUUGCUCAAUGGUCUCAACGCGCCUUCACCAUGAUCGCCCUGCUCUUCCUCCGUUUCAGAUCAAUGCCCGUCCACCCGGAUCGUAUCCGCAACUUCAUCCUGAUGCCGAUGACGUUCGGAUUCGUGUGUUGGAGUCUUGUGGUGGUUACCGUAGUCCAAGCAUUCACGCAGGCCGACAAUUGGCAGGGUCGAGCGGGGGUUUAUAUCAUCUUUGGAAUCUUGGGCCUCGGUUUCUUCGUUUUCCUAAUGUUUGUCUUCGAGAAAGCUCUCCCAUCAGUCGAAACAUGGAAAAACGGAUCGGAGCGAGCGAAUGAAGGCACAACCAAAUUCGCGCAAAUAAUCUUCAACGUGAUGCCGGAUUUGGCGGUGGAGGGAGAGGAUCAGAUGCAUUUGGAUGAUUUGCCAAAGAAGGGCGAGGAGGAGAACGGAUCGAUACACAAGGUCUAUCCGACGCUCGACGCCCCCGAACUCCAUCACCGAAAACCCACCCAAAACACCGAAGACGGGUUCACGAAAUUC